AUGGAGUUAUCGGAGGAACACAAACGUGUCAUAAUUUAUUAUGAGUUUUUGUCCACACAAGACCCGAACGAAAUUCAUCGUCGGAUGGUGGACAGGUUGGGCAAUAAUAGCCCUGCUUACAGUACAAUCACCAAAUGGAUCCGACAUUUCAAACUCGGUGUACAGUCACUCAAAGAUGGCGAAAGAAAAGGUCCGGAAGUUACUGUAUCGACCCCUGAAAAUGCGGCCGCUGUCGAAAAGAUAAUAAGAGCAGAUCCAUGGAUCACAUACCGUGAGUUAGAGGAAAAGUCAGGCAUUCAUCGCACAACACUUCAAAAAAUAUGCACUGAUUUGAUUGGCGUACGGAAGCGUUUAUGUCGGUUUGUUCCUCACUUUCUAUCAGAUGAACAAAAACAACAACGUGUGAACAUUUGCCGAGAAAAUCUAAAGAUGUGGAAGAAUAAGGGACAUGUUUUAAUUGAUAAGAUCACUACAGGUGAUGAAACAUAUGUUCACUAUUAUGAGCCAAAAUUGUCACGUGAAGCGAAGAUAUUUGUGUUUGAAGAUGAGGUACCGCCCGAUAUUGUCAAACGUGAUAAAACUAUUGGAAAAGUUAUGUACGCCGUAUUUUUCAAUACGGCGGGUUUGGUGGCCGCGGUAAAGUUAUGCGGACAGAAGACAGCCACGGCUUUGUGGUACACCACACAAUGUCUUCCUAAAGUCAUUGAGGGAUCUGCAAAAAAAGGAAUGCACCACGACAACAGCCGAGUUCAUACUGCAAAACUGACUCAAGAGUUUUUGGCCAAAAAUAAUGUCAAGACUGUACCGCACCCGCCAUAUUCCCCCGACCUUGCAAUGUGUGACUUUUGGUUGUUUAGUGGUCUGAAGCAUUUUCUCCGCGGACAAGCAUUUAAGACAGAGGAAGAGUUGGACUGCGCGGUGAUGGAGUAUUUUCACUCCAUUUCUGAAGAUCGCUAUAAAAAAGCUUUCGAGAUGUGGAGAUCCCGAAUGGAGCUAUGCAUCGAAUUAGGAGGUGACUAUAUUUAA